AUGUCAUCUCUUAGCAAGAGCCUGCGUUUAUCUUCAUCUAUGGAAGAAGAGAUGAUGAUGGUGGUGGUGCCAAAGAAGCAGGGCAUAGUGUCCAUUCUUGGGUGUGAUGUUGAAAGAACAAAAUCUGCUGCAGCUUCUCUUAGGAGAACUCUCUCGGCUGAUAUGUCCUCCAAAAAAUGGCAAGCCCAACAUGGGUUCUAUCCACUCAAGAAAAAUGCAUCAUCUGACCAUUUUCCAGCUUGUGAUAGUAUCACAGACUCUUCAGAAGAUGAGGAUUUUGAAGACAGGCCUAAAGAGACUGAAACUCGAGAUCAAUUCGAUAUAUGGAGCUCGAUUCAAGAAGACAAGAACAAGAAAGAGGUUGAAAAGCCAGGACAGUUUGAUGUGUGGAGCUCAAUCUUAUCACAGAAGGCAAAAGAGGACUCCAAGGAUGUUCAACCUUAUGUCCACCCUCUUGUUAAAAGAUCAGCAAGUUCUUUAAGCGAGAAGAGCCUUGAGAUAUGCACUGAAAGUCUUGGAUCAGAAACUGGCUGUGAUGGGUUUUCUUCAUAUCCUCCAUCAGAGAUUGGUGAUGCAGAGGAGGAGAAAGAAGAAGAGCAACGACAAGAGAGAGUGACACAGAAGUUUGAUAUGGAGGAUUUGCGAGCAGCCAAGUACAAUCUUGCAGCAUCAAAUAGCAAGAAAUCGCAACCAAGAUCAUUCCCUCCACCGAUUUCUUCACUGUCUAGCCGAGAUGGUGCUUCUGUGCACAUGAGGUCUCGUCGCGAUAAUGGUAGGUUGGUUCUUGAAGUUGUUUCUGUUCCUUCACAGAACAACUUCCAUGCUCAGCGCCAAGACGGUCGCCUUGUCCUCACUUUGGCCAAUACUGCUAAUCAAGAAGAAGAAGAAAGACAAAAGAAUAAAGAAAUGAGUGAUGUGGAGCAGUUUGAUGUUGAGAUUGAGAAUUCUGAAGGUAAAGAGGAAGUGGAGGAGGAAGGAGAGGUGGAGGAUGGUGAGGAUAAGAGAGGAGGAGGAGGUGAGGGGGUGAGGUUUGUGAUGGAGGAAACACCAAAACUGUCAAGUGGGAUCUUAAGUGUACAUAGGUUAGCACUAAUGAUGAACAAAUCCUUGGUGUUAGCUAAUAGGAACCCAGCAUGGCCCAAUAAGUUCGAAGACAUAACGAAGUUUGGUGAUGAGGUGGAGGUAGUGGACCCAAUUACCCCAAUAACACAAUCACUCCCGCAACGGCGCCCUCCGGCAACAAGAUUGAUACCAUCUCCGCCAGUAGCUACUAUGGCAGCCGCUGCGGCAACAGCAAAGGCAGCUGCAUCUUUUAAUGCUUGUGAGUACUUUUGGAAGCCAAAACCUAUGACAACAGCAUCAGUUCUUAAUCCAAUUAGCCAGGAACAAGCAUCAUCAUUAGGAACCACCCAUGACAACAGAUUGGCCCUUGCAAAGAAGUUUGUUCCAAAUGAGCAGCAAGAAGUGGUGGUAUUGAGAGGAAACGAUGGAGAUUACUUAGUUCCUCUGUUAAAGAGUUGCAAGGAGCAAAGGAAGUCACUAUUGUUUUGGGAGCCCCAUUGCAUCGCCACCUCCUGA